CAACAUGUAACACUACACAAAGACUAUAUAAACACCCCAGAUGCUUGGUGUUGGGUUAUUCCAGUUUGAGUUUUUCUACUAUACUUGCAUGUGAGAAAUGCAAUACCACUAAGGAUGUAAAGAAGGACAAGUCUGUAGCUUGGCGAAAAUUAAGUCAACAGGGUUUCUUAAAAUAUGACCAAGGGGUGUACUCCUGCUCAAGAAAAUGACAAAAUGUCAGUAAAUGGACACAAUGGUACAGAUCCCUGUGGAACGCUGCGGGAUGAGGACAACAAUAAGGUGGAACUGGGGAAGAAAGUGACGCUGCUCCGUGGGAUUUCUAUUAUCAUUGGGACCAUCAUUGGUGCGGGGAUCUUCAUCUCACCAAAGGGAAUACUCAAGUACUCUGGUAGUGUUGGGGUGUCCCUUGUUGUGUGGAUUGCCUGUGGUGUGCUAUCACUUUUCGGAGCCCUGUCCUAUGCUGAGCUGGGGACCUCUAUUAAGAAGUCCGGUGGACACUACAUUUACAUAUUGGAAGCAUUCGGACCUAUGAUGGCUUUUAUAAGACUGUGGGCCGAACUCAUUGCUAUAAGGCCUGCUGCAUUGGCAGUCAUUGCUCUGGCUUUUGGUCAGUAUAUUUUGGAGCCUCUGUUCAUGCCAUGCGAUAUUCCCCCGAUGGCUGUAAAAUUGGUCACCGCCAUCGGCAUAACUUCUGUUAUGUACCUGAACAGUAUCAGUGUGACAUGGUCAGCCAGAAUCCAAAUCCUCCUCACCUUCACCAAGCUAUUGGCCAUCAUCAUCAUCAUAGUGCCUGGAAUGUAUGAGCUCUUUAAAGGCGAAACCAGAAAUUUUGAGAAUGCCUUUGAGCUGAGCAAUGUAAAGCUGUCUGGAAUGCCACUGGCUUUCUACUCUGGGAUGUAUGCAUACGCUGGGUGGUUCUACCUGAACUUUGUGACAGAGGAGGUAGAUAAUCCCGAGAAAACGGUGCCAUUAGCUAUCUGUAUCUCCAUGGCAAUUGUGACUUCCUGCUAUGUACUGACCAAUGUGGCGUACUACACAGUGAUGUCAGCAGAGGAGCUCCUAGCCUCAGAGGCUGUGGCUGUGACAUUUGCAGAGAAGCUUCUGGGGAACUACUCAAUAGCAGUGCCGGUGUUUGUGGCCCUGUCCUGCUAUGGCUCUAUGAAUGGAAGUUUAUUUGCCUUAUCGAGAAUGUUCUUCGUAGCUUCACGUGAAGGACACCUCCCUGAGGUUUUGUGUAUGAUCCAUGUGCGCAGACACACACCACUGGUUGCUGUCGUCAUACUGUACCCCAUGACCAUACUCCUGCUGUUUCUGGGGGACAUCUACAGCCUGUUUAACUUCAUGAGCUUCCUGCGCUGGCUGUUCAUCGGUGUGGUGGUGCUGGGUUUAAUCUACCUUCGAUACACAAAGCCUGACCUCCCCCGCCCCUUUAAGGUCCCGCUCUUCAUCCCAGUGGUAUUCUGCCUCACAUGCUUCUUCAUGGUCUUCUUGUCUCUGUACUCGGACCCGGUCAACACAGGAAUUGGAUUUGCCAUUUCUCUCACUGGCAUCCCUGCAUACUACAUCUUUAUUUACUUCAACUACAGACCAAAGUGGCUUCAGAGGACUUUAGAUUCUUUCAACAAAACCUUGCAGAUCAUCCUGGAGGUUGUCCCUGCUGACCAGUAGCAGCACACAAACACCACAAAAACUCACUGGUCCCUCAAAACGCACACAUACCGCACACUGAGAUUUACUCUGGCAAAGAAUGUAAUCUGGUGUUGUCUUUUGUUAAAUAGAAUUUUAGUAUAUACAUUUAGAAUUUAGUAUGUAUAUAUCCCUUCAGUGGAUAGAGGUUUGAUUAAAAAGUUAUGGAAAUAAUUUAGUGUCUACCUGUUUGGCAUUGUUUAUGUGGCAAUAGGAACUCUCAGUAACCAACGUUACACAGAGCCCCAUAACAGAGCUUAUGUAUAGGCGCAGACACUGCCUGCAAUGUUGUGUUUGUGCAGCAUCUGAUUCUUUGUAGAAAGCUUUAAAAUAUUUGCCAAAAGUCUAAGCAACCACAGACAGUGUUGUAUAUGCAGAGUUUUUUUGUGAGUCAGUUAUCAAACAUUGUCAAAAUAACACAACAGAUUAACAUUCAAAUAACAUUCUGACAAAUACUUUGAUUUGUUCCUCUACAAUAAAGGACUUCGAUAUAAA